AUGGCGAACCAGAAUGAAGAAUCUGAAGGUGUAUCACAAGACAUAGAGCUAGCGAAGGCUCUCAGUCGGUCUCUGCUCGAUGAAAAAGACAGAACGAGCCUACAAGCCGAAUGCAUUUUCGACCAAUUCUCUAACCCGUUACCAAGUCUUCUGAUGAGCCUCAAGAAUGAGUUUUCCCCCCUCUUUGAUCCUCUCGGGGAUACCGCCAUCUACAUUGGAGUACCCGAACAAGAUCCUAGCCAGAGCGACUCGCAGUACCAAUGGGUCAUCAAUCACUUCAAUGUAGUACAUGUCGUCCACUCCAGCCGAUUACUGGCCAUGCCGGAGACGUCGAGAUUCACAUACAACGAUCUCCUUGGUCCAUCAUCAAUACGCUCUGAGAGACGCCUGAGGAAACUCGGUGUUCUAGACCGGUUAGAGGCCGAGCGUGGAGGACGAAAGUUCAAAUACUACCUUGAUCUGCGCCCGCCCACAGAGGAUGAUGCAGCUGUGGAGGCGAUUACGAAAUUGAAUUGUUCAAAGGGCGUUCUGACUUGGCAUUUGUUGAAGACGAGGUAUGACCUGUCUGCAUUACACGUGUGUGGACAUGAAGGAAUUCAAGACGUCGCCUUCGCAGAGACGACUGUGAAAGCUGCUGCAGAUGCGACAACGGAGACGACCGACGACCCUGGGAAUCAAGAUCAGGGUACGAAUGAAGCCACGAAGGCCAGCAAACCUGAGGCAAAGAUUGGCGAAAGCUACACUCGUCUCCGACAUCACGCCGCCCUCGAACGUUUGCUCAACGCCAUAUGUGAUAACGACCCCAAGCUCGAUUCUGCACCAAAAGUCUGGACCUUUUUCGCCGUGGCGCAAUGUUUCGGUUGUGCCGAGCACCCUCGUAUUGCAGGCUGGAUCACUACCUGGAUCUACAAUGACAACAAUGCACACUUCAUACAGAACAACCCUGAAGUCGUCUAUCGCAUAGGCAUGGCCAUCAAAUCUCCCGACCUAGUUCGAGACUCCUUUUCUAUUUUGGUCGGGGAGCGGGCUUUACUAUAUGCUGGCGAUAAAUUGAAGCAGAACCCAACACCAAGGAAUUUCGUACGGAGCAUUCAUGGGCGGGAGUUUGACGAACUCGACGACGAUGAAUCAAGUCGUAUCAGCGCCGCAUCAUUGGCACUGGUUGAACGAGUCACCAAUGAUGUUAGCCUAUUGUGCCGAGAUCUCUCCUGGCUCGAAGAGAGCACGGAAUAUGCGAAACUAACUGGAAUCGUUGCAGAAACUCUUGAAGAACAAAACUUUCUAUUAGGGGCCAAAACCUUCGUUGAAGACUAUGUCAGAACUGUCUUCAUCUACUGCCUCUGUCUGGAGUACCGCGUGUUUCCAGGGCUGGACAAGACGUUGACGCAGAGGGAUGUGUACCAGGGCUGCUCUCCAUCUGAACGUAUGUUUACGAAGACCUUCUGGCUUUUGUUGUCGGAAAGUGAUCAUCUCCGCCGCACAAUGAUGGGUACUGAAAUGCUUGUUUCCGAGUACCCUGGGGAAGUUUUAUUCAAGAAGGCAUUUGAUGCGCUUGGUCUCGAUAGACCAAUUCGUCCUAUGGCUGACCUAACCGGUACUGCUCUCCACGCCACGAUCGAUGCGGUAAACCGAUUUUGGCUUCAACGGUCCGACGUCACGAAUCAGAAGGGCAAAGAAGCCGUGCACGAUGGGUUCAAUCAUAACUUCAGCACAGGUUUCUCUACCACUCAAAUUUCAUCUCUGCAGGAUCAGUCCGGAGUUCGUCAGUUUGAGUCUAGCAACUCCGGGGAACAAGCCGAUCACGAUGGGCCGCCAGUGUCACCAUCGAAGCGCCGAAAGACCUCAAACUUCGACGGACGUAUCCAACCUCCAACUUCUCCUACCAAGGACGAUGCCUUCGACAGUCACACAAGAGGUAUGCAGACAGACUGGGUACGGAAUGAGUUGCUUGAUCAGCCAGGCAAAAGCGGUGGCGUACUUCACAAAAUUCGCAACGUCGUUCUCAGACCGAAGCCAGUCCCUCAAGAGGAAGUUACUGGUAAUGCCAAUCAACGCAGCGAAAAUCAGCCUACACAGACUGAACUCGAACCGCCGCAGAGUCCCGAUCAACCAAUAUCGCGACGCACCCCAAGCAUGGUGAAUGACGAUCCUCAGGACCUUUUCCAGUUCGACCCACAGGUCGAAACCACCGGCAGCCCGGCAGCAGUAGGCGCGCCCUCCUCAAGCAGUGCCGCAGCCACCGGAGCAAAACACGGCCGUGACCGUUGGUAUUCGUCUUCGAUUGGCUAUCCACCACAUCAAGCCUGGCCCCGUGUCAACCCUGGUAUCUCGAUUGACCGUGGCGAGUUGACUUCGUGUGCCAGAGGGUUGUUGGACGAAGCCACUCUCAGUCUAGACGGGAGCCCGCUGCAGGACGCCUACCGUUACAAAGCGUACAUGUCGAUCAAGCCCAAGGCGAUGAUGAGGGAGAUCCACGAACAAAUCACCAGCCUCUGUUACGACAUGGUCCGGCCGACCCACCUGUUGCACCACGGGAUGGAGCUCACCACGGAAAAGUUCGACACCCUUGUGUGCCUGAAGGCCGACGAGUUUCGCUUCCUGCCGAUCUGGUGUCCAGACGGCAACGACGACGGCACCGGAGGAGUGUUCGACGACCUUCCGCUGAUGGACACGGAUCCCGCGGUGUCGUUUGCACCGGGCCAGAUUCCCCGGCCGGCGGGAUACGCGGAUCACGGCUCCGAGGACGGGAGGAGUUCCUUUGAAGACGUUGCAAGCGAGGCCGUCAGCACCGUCGGGAGGGCCAGUAGACUCGCCACCGACGGAUCGCAUACCGACACCGUCAGGAGUGUAGACGAUGACGACUUUGCACAUCUCGAGACGAAUUCGACCUCGGACGCUCUUGCGGACUCACGUACACGAGUACCCGUGACGGCGGUCGAAGGGUUGGCUCGGCGAGUCGCCGCGGCACUUCUCGACGAUGACACCAACGGUGGCAGCGGCAAUGUCAGCGUGCAUUAUAUCGAUGAAGACAGCGAAGAAGAAAGCAUCCAACUUGGAUCCGACUUUGACGACGACGACGACGACGACGGAGACACGACCAAGACCAAGACCAAGACCAAGACCAAGACCAAGACCAAGACCAAGACCAAGACCAAGAACGGUCAGGCUCGGGACACUCUUCCGACGCAGGGUCGGACUAUGAAUUGCUCUAGCUGGUCCGAUAUGUAUGAUCUGAACGUUCAAUGGAGAUUAGAAAAAUGCAAGGAUAGUUAA